AUUGGGCUGCGCGGGCGGCCGCGCCUGACCGUGGGCGGGGCUAGACUGUAGCGCGGCACCGUCUCGCGAGAGCCGGCGGCCGAGCUGCCGACAUCAGCAGCAUCAACAUGGAGGUUCAGUACAACCUGAGGAACCCGGCUGUCAAACGUUUAAUGAAAGAAGCACAAGAACUAAAAGACCCCACAGAACAGUACCAUGCCCAGCCUUUGGAGGAUAAUCUAUUUGAAUGGCAUUUCACUGUCAGAGGUCCUCCAGAUUCUGACUUUGAUGGUGGUGUAUACCAUGGCCGAAUUGUGCUUCCACCAGAAUAUCCCAUGAAACCACCCAGCAUUAUUCUUCUAACACCUAAUGGAAGGUUUGAAGUAGGAAAGAAGAUUUGUCUGAGCAUUUCUGGACAUCAUCCUGAAACUUGGCAACCGUCCUGGAGUAUACGGACAGCAUUGUUGGCUAUUAUUGGUUUCAUGCCAACAAAAGGGGAAGGAGCUAUUGGUUCUCUGGAUUACACUCCUGACGAGAGAAAAGCUCUAGCCAAAAAGUCACAGGACUUCAACUGUGAAAUCUGUGGUUCUCACAUGAGGACAGCCCUGCUUGCUUGCACAGAAAGUAGCGUUCCAAGUCUAGCUGAUGUGGAGGCCAAAGAAUUAGCAAAACAAAUUAAUUUCAAGGCAGAGACAAAUAUCCCCACCAAUGCUGCAGCUGAAUCUGCUCCUGCACCAAUAAUAAAUGAAAACCAAGAUAGUCAAGUUUCGCAGCAACCUCUAUCCACUGGCACCAGUCUGGAAUCAGAAGUUACAACAGAGAUUAUUGGAGAUGACACUCGGGUUGAGAAUCAGGAAAAUACACAAAGCGUGCCUAAUACGACAUCCCUCAGCCCUCGACAGCGGCGUGCUCAGCAGCAACAGCAGGCAAGACGUCCAACUUCAUCAUACUCUCAAGUCCGGCAGCCAGCUAAUGCGAAUCAAAUAGGAUCCACUAUCCUAAUUGUUGUUUUGACAUUAGCACUGGCUGCCCUUAUUUUCCGAAGGAUUUACAUGGCUAAUGAAUACAGAUUUGACUAUGAAUUGUAAUGAUCAGUUGUUUUGUAUAGCCAUAGACUGGGUUUACUACUAAUCUUGUGUAUUCCAGCAUGCUCAGUCACCAUAUUAAAUAAUAUUUGCAGGGCAUUGUAUGACCUAUGCAAAGAGGAUAUUAGAAGUUACAGUAUGCAAAAGUUGUGCAUAAUUAUCCUUGGAGAUAAUAAAAAGGCAUUUUCCAAAAUUUUACACUGCAGGGAAACUCAUUCAAGAAUAUUUUUGAUCAUAUCUUGUUCAAAUCAUUUUAGUUUUAGUAGAAUUAAGUUGUUUUCAUUGAGGCUAUGCUGUUCAAAAAUGUAUUGUUCUGAAUGUGUUGCUGAACUUUUUAACUGGAAAGUUCUUUGGCUGUUAACCCUGGUACAAGUCAAGUUAUAUGCAAUUUUCCCUUUUUGAAGUGAAACCUGUUUCUUUCUGUCAUCUAAUAUUGUAACCCUGUCAGUUAGAGUGUGAAUUUCCAGUUCCUAAGUGAAUUUAAGCACCUUAUCGGGAGGUUUAGUACUUAGCAAAUUUAAAAUCCCUAUUGAAUUCUUAACAUUGCUCAGUGAAGUAGUUACUGGCUGAAGUGUAAUACUAGUUUCAUGACACGGGUUAACAGAAAAACAAGCUAUCUAAUAUAUCUCCUUGCAAGGAUCCAUCAGAAACAUGAUAUAAAACCUACAAAAGUGAAUCUAAAAUCAAUGGGCAUCAAAUGUAUAUCUUCUCCUCCUCAAUUUGUGAUCUGGUAGAUACAUUUAACAGAAAUUAUUUUUUAGGAGCAGCAGAUAGUAUGGAUUUUAAAAGAUUUCUAAUGAUAUAAGAUCCCACAGAAUAGGUAGUGAAAAGGAAAAUAAUUUGGCCCUUGUCCAGGAAGCAGGUCUGGCAUACCUUUUAUUUAAGUAGCCUAUUUUAAUGUGGAGAAACAUGAAGGAAUGCUAACAGUAAUUAUGUUACCUUGACAGCACAUAAAAAUAUUUGUAACUACCAAUAGGCAUAAGAGAUAUAGGAUUUGGGAAUAGUGCUUGGAUAAGUUAUUUGUGGAAACCUCUUCCCCUAUCCCGAUUCAGCCAAAGUAAACAAAAAAUAUUGCAUUUUCCAGCAAGUGAUUAAAAAGGAUACCUUUUCUCAGUUAUGAUGAUUUCUUUCCUUGAGGUAUGAAUGCAGUGGCAUGUCAGAGUUGGAAAUUGUAAUAUGUGUAUAUUGAACUUUGUGUUGAAAGUUAAAAUACAAUUUUCUUGAAUGCAAUGCUAUGCAGGUUUUUAAUUUAUGAUUUGCCAUUUUUAGUAAAUAUUGUUUACAAGUCAACAGAGGGAGCUUGUUUCUCAAUUGCUGGAAAUCUUUUGAACAAUGAUUUUUGCUGAUGUUAAGUUGUCUAUUUUAAAGCAAUCUCGUACAGAUGUAAAUGUUUAACACUGUAUUUCCUACUACAGAAUUGGUUUUUGUGGGACCUGAAUACUUUAUACAACCAUCAUCACAGCACUUUACAGUUAAGGGAACAAUGUGGUUACUUCUAUUUUUCAUAUGCAUCAUUGUUACCAGGCUCAAGGUAGAUGUUUGAGAAAAAGCUUUUUUUAAAAAAAACUCUUUUUGGGUUUGGAAUAAAAAAUGAGCAUGCCUGUUUGGUAGCUUUGCCUGUCAUCCAUUCCAGAAGUUUCUUUGGAGAGUUUUGUAUCAAAGUUCAUUGGUAACACUUCUGCUGCAAGCACAAAUCAGAAGGUCACUAAAACAGUGCUGCUACAACAGCUAAUCAUAGUAUUGAAUAAAUAUAAUUCCACAUUUA